UCUACGAGCAAAGUUCUGGUGCAUCUGAUCUAGAAUCUGACGAAUUUAUGGAAGAAGAGACAAUGGCUAAACGUGGUGAUUCUUAUCAAAGUGAGGAUGAAGAGAUGGAUGCGGAACUCGAUGAAAUGAUGGAAGAAGAAGACGAUGAUGAAUAUAUUGAAAUUGAAUCGAGAAUAGAGGAAGGAGAGGAAGCUGAGGAAGAAGACGUUGAACAAGCUGAAGAAGAAGAGGCUGAACAAGCCGAAGAACCUGAGGAAGAAACUGAACAAGUCGAUGACGAUAUUGACGUAGAAGACGACAUAGACGAAUGCGACGAUGCAACUCCUGUUGACGACGAAGACGAUUUUGAGAUUGUUAUGAGAGCAAAACAACUACCACGCGACGAACAAGAGGAAGUAGAG